CUCAUCUAAUUCUUGGAAAACAACCGCCAGCACCAAUAAUUUCACCACCGCCUCUCACAGCACCAUCAAUAUCCAUCACCACAAUAAUCACACACUUUCACCCGAUGUACUGGCCAAAGCAUUACAGCAGAGUGACAUACCAAAUCCUGAUUUUACCCUUAAUUCAAAUCCCGCUGCUUCAAAUUUUGUGGAUGGACAAUUUUCAUGGGCAUCCGAUGCAUAUCAACAGACCAUAAAGAAACGCAAACUUUCUGCAGCUUCAGCAACGCCAAAACCAUAUGAUUCUAAAGUUCCAAGACCACCGAAUGCAUUUAUAAUUUAUCAUCGAACGAAGUCAAAAGAGUUGGCGCAAUACAAAUCAAAUAAUUUACGUGUGACUUCAGAUGCACGACAUCCUUCAAAAACUGUCGCAGAAAUGUGGAAAGAAGAACCGGAACACGUUAAAUUACAGUAUCAAAGAGAAGCGGAUCUUGCCCUGGUUGAACAUAAGAGGAAAUACCCGUUCUAUAAAUAUAAGCCACAAAAAAAGGAUGCCAAAAAUAAGGGAAAAUCAAAAGAUUCUAAAAGCUCAUCUACUUCGAAAGAUUCAAAAUCUUCAUCGAAGUUAUCAUCAAAAGUAGAUAAGUCGCAAAUAGUGCCCUUCGAACAUCGACAACAAGCGUCUAUGGAGUCUGCAUUCACAGUUUUCGAUACGAAUCCCAUAGAAAUAAAAAAUGAAUCCAGCAAAGAAGAAAACAAUCCACCAACUACACCUGUUAUACUAUGGAUAAAUGAUAAUAUAAAUCAUCGAUUUUCUUUGAAUGGAGAACAAUCGACACUAACAGUGCAUUCAUUCUCUUAUCCCCUUGAAACCGAAAUUUUAUCAACAUCAUUAAGAGAGCAGUCAUCGGUAUACGCUUCUCCUUUGCCGUCUCCUGUUGGUCAAGAAAGUUUUUUCCCUGUCCAACUGCAUCAAGAGGAACCAUUUGUCGAAAAUCCAUACUUGAUGGAUUACGUUAUGAGUCAGUUACAGGAUACUGAUUUACUUAAUACUUCUCAUGCAUUUUUACAACAACAUCCAAUAACAACGACAUCACUACCACCACAUUAUAAUCAAGAGAUUAAAUUAGUGAAUUCUUCAAAUGAUGACAACAUUCUUUUGACACCAUCGAUCUUACAAAUGCACAAUUUACAUCGUUGGGGAAUAACCAUAACUCAUGGAUUAUCGUCAUCGUCAAAUCAAUUAGAUUCAACUGGAGUAUUAAUUAAUAAUUUAACGCAGCAACAACAUCUAUCGACAAAAUCAUCGAUAACACAACAGCAGAUUCAACAUCAUAUACAAUUGAUGCACGAGGCUGAAUCAUUACAAGAUUCAUUUUUGAGAGGAGUUAGAUUACAAGGAACUAAUAAUGGUACACACGUGCAACAUCCGAUAUCACACAGUCAACAUAAAUUAAUACGACUAGUGCUAUUUUUAACAGGGAGGCUGUAG